AACUAGCACCUUACAAAAUGAAAAUAAUAUUGGUGCUGUUGGUUGCCGUUUUUGCUGUUUCGGCCAGACACACUAACAGAAGACACACGGGUAAAUUUCGCCGGACCUCCUUAACAAAUCGCAUUGUCGGAGGUGAGGAUGUAAGUAUUGAGGAUUAUGGGUGGCAAGUUUCUCUACAAAUAUAUGAUCCGCCACAACAUUUCUGCGGGGGAACGAUUUUAACUAAGGACUGGAUUUUAACUGCUGCACACUGUUGGCCAAAACAGAUUAAUCCUCGAUAUGUUACAAUCAGAGCUGGAAGUAGCGACGUAUAUAAUGGAGGAACAGUGAUAAAAUUAUAUUUCCAUAUAAUUCAUCCAAACUACAAUACAAAAACACAUGAUAACGAUGCUGCCUUAGUUUUUUUGCAAUCUUCCUUGCCUUUAAACAGUGGAUCAAUUCGUUCGAUAGGUUUAAUUCCACAAGGAACCGUUUUACCCGCGGGGGAAGAAGUUACUGUAACGGGAUGGGGAUAUUUACAGCAAGAUGUUGAGGUCGUAUCUGAAACUCUUAAAGGAGUCACGGUGCCAAUAAUAGAUACGGCUACAUGCAAAAAAGAUUACGAAGGUCGUUAUACAGUAACUGAUAACAUGAUAUGCGCUGAGUACAAAGGAGAUGUGCCCAAAGAUUCCUGCCAGGGGGACAGCGGUGGUCCAUUAGUUAACAGUAACAAAACUCUUGUGGGAAUUGUAUCUUGGGGCGCUGGAUGCGCCAAAGAAAACUCUCCGGGUGUGUACUCACGAGUUGCUUCUCCAAGCAUUAGAAAUUUCAUUCGUGCUUAUACUUUUGUUUGA